GGGAGAUCUGGUCUUCACUCAAACGGCACACUUACACUCCAUGAGUCAAUCAUCAGCAAAAUCCCACAACAAGUGCUCUCUGGCGCCGGUGCCAGCGAAAGUGAAGCGGAGGAAGAAGAAUCAGAGCACUUUCACUCCAUUGCAAGAUCUCAACAACGCCAUUGCUACCCAUAACAGUAGUAAAGACAGCAACGGUUCUUCUUCUCUGUCCUCCAUUGAAGCUCCCAGGGGAUGUCUCAGGUUCUUUCUCUCCCAUUCUUCAUCUUCCAAUAGAAUACAUUUUGAUAAUAACAAACCGUCGAAAUCAAAGCCCUCCAGAAACCCUAAAUCUGCCCCUAAUGUCCGGAAGGUGAGACCAAAGGAGAGUUCGUUAAAACGAACCGUUUUUGAGAAACCCGUUUCGAAUAAACUUUCGGGCAGGAAACCUAGUUAUAAAAUUUGUAAGGGAUCAAAGAAUUGUUCAGUUUCAGAUCCCAGUGGCAGUAGUGUAAAUAAGGGGCAUGCUGGUUCUGAAGAAUUGAGGCUAGUGAGUGGUGAAAAAUGCUACAAUGGUGAUGCAAUUCUGACCCCAUCGUGUAAGGUGGCAACCGGGUCUAAGCUUAUUUUAGAUAAUUGUGAGAAAUCGAAUUCAAAGACUAGUGGAAGCAGCAACAAGACACCUCCUGUUCAGGCUUCGGUAUCUCCGGAGCUACAAUGUGGAUCAUCAAUGGUUUCAACGGACACACCUGCGUGUUAUGGUGCUGGCCAUGUUCUGUCUGGAAUCAGAGAUAAGAGGAAGUGUAGGCCAAGAGGGAUCCUCACAAUUGGAAACAAUGAUCUGGGAUUUGGAAAAGCUGAGGCCUUUGACAGUGACGACGACGAUGACGACAAAGAGAAUGCUGUUCUUCAUAAUUCUGGUGUCUCUCCAAUACCUUCGCCUGCUGAGGCUUCAAUGCACUGGCUUUUGUCUCCUUGCAACGAGGAGGAUGAGAAUCAGAGCCUCCACUCCCCCCUAUCACCUUCAUCUAGUAAUAUUGUUUUCUCUUCAGGUGUCAAAAGCAAUAACAAAAGUACUGCUGCCGUUAUUUUUAAGAGGGGUACUUCUUUCACUUCUCCUGGUGGGAUUCCUGAUGUUCAGGGAAAGCUGGGUUCUCCUGUACAUGAUAGCUUGGCUGUUGCGUCUCUGUCCUGUGCUAUAUUUGCUUGUGAUGCUGAAGAUGCUUCAGCAGAAAAAUGUAGAAGGCACCAGUAUGAUAUUGAUGGAGAAAACUCGCCAUUCUCGCCGUUCUCGAUGGAUUCGUUGGGUAGUGGAAAUGUUAUUCAAACCCCAGAGUCUGACUCAAACUCGAGUAGAUGUGGUGGCUUGUCAUGGUUGCGUUCAGAUGCUCAUGAGAAAUGUUUCUUUGAUUCUGAACUUAAUUUGUUGGCUGAAAAUCUAAAGAUGGCAACUUUGUCUCCCAAGAGCCAUGUAUCAAGCUGGGAUCCAAUCGGUUCUAGCUUCCAAUUUGAUUGUAUGACUGUGCCCUCCGAUUCAGUUGAUAUUUCCCAUUUUCAGAAGAUUUUGAAUGAUCGAACGUCCCAAAUUUCAAAAUCUACGUUGGAGAGUCUUUCGCAAUCCCCAAUGAGAAUAUCUUGGAGGGAAGGAUUAGCUAGCCGGAUUUUUGAGAUGGAUGAGUUUGAUUGUUGCAGAUGCUUUUCAGAUGAAGAGGAACAUGAAAAUAGCAACAAUAAUGAACUGAUGAAAUCACCCCAAAGUGCUGAUCUCAAAUUUGAUGCAGGAGAACAUAAGAUUGUGGCUGAUGGUUUCGGGUCAAUGGAGUUUAUGGAUAAUGUUCUGGGACUUGACAAAGAAGGCAAAGAAGACCCACCUCCUGAAAUACCAUGUUCAUGUGCAGAGUCCAUAAGCACCGACGGUGGUGGUCUGGUUUGUUCGAAUGAUUCAGAUUGGACUCUAUGCUACAAGAACCAGUUGUUUAAAGACUGAUUUAUUGUAUUCUCUUUUUUCCUUCUGUCCAUUAGCAUGAGGUUGCCUAACUUAGAGCGAAGUUGGUUGAAUGGGUAUAGUUGAAAGUUAGCACUUGAUGACCAUUCUUGUAUUUUAACUGCUCCAAAAUAUGUACUACCGUUACGACUUACGAUCACCUCAGAACUUUAUGUUUUUAGAAAGAGCUCUUUAUUCAAGUUUAGCUUCAUAGCUUGUGAUAGAUAAUUUCUCAAGUAAUGUGAAAUAAGCACUUUCUGAAUCAUUGUCUAAGACUAAUCUCUUCGUUUUCUUUGAGUUUUGAGUUGUGAUUAAGCACCAGUAGCCAAGUGAGUGUUGCUAAGUGGUUGCAAUAGCAUCAAUUGAGUUUAUGGGAAAUGAACUAGGACUUCACAGAAAGGCAAAGAAGAGCUUCCACCUCAAAUACCAUUUCAUGUGCAGAUUCACAAAGCACUGACAGCGGUAUAUGAAUGCAGCUAGGAACAGGAGAUGUCCGAACUAAGACACAACUAGCAAAGUUGCCUAUACUAACAGAAAAUUUGUGGGCAUAGCAUAUGUUGGCAACUGGAAAGUCAUGCCUUCUCAAAUUAAGACAGGAGGUUUCACAUGCCUAAUUAUUGGCCUUGUAAGGCAUAAACCAGACGAUUGGUGUUGCAUGUAGCCCUGAACAUUGAAACAGCCAGUUACUUUAAACUAACCUCAAAUGACACCCGUUGUUCCUUGAUUCAGAACUUGGUGCUUGAUUCUCGAAGUACAGUGUCUACCGGAAUAGCAGUAAGAGUAAAAAAAUUUCAUGGCAUGAUUGUGGAACCAUCUUAAAUUUGGAGCUUUCAACACCAAAGCUAAUUCUAUGGCAAGGUAACCCAUUCUUGCCAUUUUCUUUACUUGAAAAGUUGAAGUAAACAUGGAAUUGGAAUGUGUAACAGUUUUGGAAUUUUCAGUUCCCACUCCUCUUACAAAACUCUCUUCUCCACGAGACAGCAUGCGGCCUAGUUUACUGAAACUUCUGCUACUGAAGUAAAUUCUUGAUCCCCUUGAACCAUUUUCUUUCUACUAAAAUCUUCUGUGUCAAUAAGGUGGUAGAUAGGCUCCUUAUGUUAUGACUCAUUUUCUUCCUGACUGUUGCUCUGUUUAAGUUAUCAUUCAUAUACCUCUAAUAACUCUAUCUAUUGCAUUUUCACAUUAAGCGGGUUGAUUCUUUCUUGAAAAUGAAAAGAAUUCUUCUCUUGUUUUCCUUUCAAUGGAGGAUAAAACACCUUCCCAUGAAAUUCUAGUCAUUGAAGAAGUUGAUCAAGAUAUCAGUAUGACCAAGUGACCAACGGAUCAAACUCUUUCUCCGGAUACACUUCAGACUCCAAAGCUGUCAAGCCGGAUCCUAUCAAGGAAUACUCUCCAAUUCUGUUUACUUGUUGUCCCUCCCAAAAACAACCCAAUUCCAUCCUCAAGACAAACACAAAGAAGAAGAAGCAGUGAAAGUGUGUUUGUGAGUCGGUACCGGAUCUUGAGAGCUCAAAGAGACCAAGAAGAAGGAUGUUUUCACACUCUGGAACUACAUGAUCUAUAUGAUAAAGAGUAUGUAACAAGAACGAUUCUUGCGCUUAUGGUUGCAUACUCCAUCAUUUAUUUGUGACUUUUCAUUUUCUUUUAUUCUAAAAUUCUCGACUUUUCUUUGGGACCGUACAUGGUUGG